AGGCACUCAAAACCCUGUCUGUGCUGGGUAUAUUAGGCAGCCAGUGCUCUUGGCUGGGAGCCCAGACGAGGCUUUUGUAAUCAAAACAUGAUCUUGUAUGCUGUGCAACCAGUGCUGAGAAAGGCCGUCUGAUGGCUCUCCUCUUUUAGCUCUGCUCUGGAAUCCGCCGGGCUUCGCCGCCGAUGUCCAACAUGCACCGAGCUGAUGCUGCUGUGGAUGAUGCAGUGUUAAGGAAGAAGGAGCAGAAAGAUGUUGAACUCGAUAAGAAAAUCUUGGCUUUGCGGAAAAAGAAUGAAGCGCUUAUACGAAGAUACCAGGAGAUAGAAGAGGACAAAAAGCGAGCUGAGCAGGAGGGAAUGGCUGUCACCUCCAGGAGACCCAAGCAAGACGGACUCACUAUUACUAUCACCAAGGCUCACAAUGACCUGAAAGAUGCAAUUACCCAGACUGAACACUAUGGACAAGAUAGCCCAGCCCUCUCGAUGGACAAAAGGAUUGUGAGUGAGAAGUGGGUGAGUCCUUGUCCUACGAGCCCUGGGUUUGGCAUUGGCAGUGAGGAAGAGGAGGAGGAGGAGGAAGCAGAUCAUAUGUUCACAUUCAGGAUGGGGAAGAGGAUGCAGCUGGCUGUCACCAUGGACAACAAAGCCAAGGGCAAGCGGAUCGUCAGUGAGAAACGCACCGAGUGCUUCCCUGGCCCCAGCAGGGUGCCAGACCUGAUUGAAGAAGAGACAGACCAUUUGGUGGCUUUCCGCCGGGGCAGAAGGAUGCAGAUUGCCAUCACCAUGGAUAACAAGGAAAAAGCAGAGGAGAGGAGAACAGCAGAGAAGAGGAGAUCAGACAAUGACAGGGGCCCAGAAAACGAGCACAACCGGAAGGAUGGUGGGAAGUCAGUCCAGAAGGGCCCGGGGGACCUGAGUUUCCCCAUGACUGGACGGGAACGCUCGGAGUACAUACGCUGGAAGAGGGAGCGAGAUCAGAUUGACCUGGAACGACUGGCACGUCACAAGAACGCGAAGGGCGAGUGGCGACGGGCUUGGGAUGUGGAGAAGUCGGAGCACAUGUUUGAAGAGGACUUUGUUAAGGAUGGGGAGCCAGCCUUGGAUAAUCCCAGCAAUAAGAAAGGGGGAAGAAACGCAAGGAAAUUCCAGCACAGGUCCUUUCCUCCCGACGGGAGAGGUGGAGGACAGCAUGGAGUGAAUGUGAGCGAUCCUGGUGUGAAAGCAGUACCUGCUGUGAGCAGCCGAGCCAAAGGGAAGGACAGACUGACGGGAAGAGCCAGAAGAUGGGAUGCAAAAGAAGGCGAGGACAUGUCUUUUCUGAAGGAUGACGUUGAUGGCCAGAGGAGCCUUGGUAAGGACAAGCGGAAGAGCAGAGGUGAGGAGGGGGUGGAAGAGAACUGCACAGAUGAGCUGGAGGAGAAGGUGAAACAGCCAAGUCUCCAAGAUCAUGGGGCCUCCUCAUCACAAAGGCUACAAAGUGGAAAGGUCCAGUCUGCCCACAAUGGCCAGAAGGAGGAGCGGAGAGGAGUGAAGGGCUUCAGCACGGAGGCGUCUGUGGCCAACACAGGUGACUCAGAGCCAGGGCACAAGCCAAGCAAGGAAGGCAAUGGGGAAGAUACCAAUGGGAAGCCUGGCUCUGCUGACAUCUCCCAGGAGAAGGAGAGCACUAACAGCACUGCUUCACAGAGCAGCCUUCCAAGAACCGUGCAAGCCACGAGGCGUGGCAGUGAGGAGACCUUGUCGUUGCCCAUGGGAGCGAAUUUAGAUGGAGAUGGCUUAGAGAAAAUCACAGCUUCAGAACAGAAAUCCACUGAGGAGCCUUCAAACGGCCACGGCGGAAAGCUUGACACAGCAGUGGGAGACAGACUGGAUGCAGAUCAAGGACCGCUGGUGAGAAAAGGAGGGGAGGAAGCGACUCAAGACACUGCCCUUCAGGGGCAAACACUUGCGCUUAAAGGAGGUGAAGAUGCUGAAGGCACCGAACACAGAGGAGAGCCUUUGCCCCCAGGGAAAGCCAACUCUGACGAGACUGUUGUGUCUGAGCAGGACACAGCAAAAUCACAGUCCAGGGAAGGGGACCAGCCUGAGGAUUGCAAGAACAAGGACAGUGGGGACACUCUCAACUAGCAAAGAUUGCACGGGCUUGCCUGAGACAGAAGGAUAACGUGCUGGAGGUGGUGGAUGAGAAGAGAAGAGAAGAGGAGCACAAGCUUCACCUCGCUCUUUGACCUUCUAUGAAACCAGCUCUCAGCACCCAUUCACAACACGUGGGGUCCCCAUCCCCGCCCCCCUCCCAGGUUCAGCAUCACCCUUCCCUAGCCCUACGCCAAAGGACAGGGAAGGCUACACACACUCCUCUCACUUAUCUUUUGUAUUUGUUUUGCCUAUAUUGCAGCUGUGUGGCAAGCCAAUUGAAUGUCUACUGGAUGCACUUUAUUUUAUUUAAUAACUAAUUCUGUUUAAAGUUAAGAUUUUGGUUUCCGGGCACCCCCGUUUCCUCCCCCAGAGGCUGGCAGGGGCUGCGGCAGCUCUCCCUCGCUGUUGGGCAAGCGGAGCAUUAGGAGACAGGGCGAGAGGCGUUACGUUGUAGUUCAGUAGGUGGAUGGGAAAGCAGCGUUCAGAGCAGCUCCUGUGCUAGAGGUUUGUAUGCAGUUGAUGCGUUGGCAGAGACGUUCAGCAGUUGCAUGGGUCGCGGGGCACAAAGAGGGUGGAGCAUUUUUGAAUUGCACCGUGGGGUGCGGGUGCUUUUGACAAGCACACACCAACCACAGUAUUUCAUCCUUUAAAAGCUUGCUUUCCUCCUCCUGGUAGAUGCAGAAGGGCACAGGCAGCAGAGGCUGUAUCAGCACAUCAGGAGACUGCUUUUUGCUAAGGCAGGUGGCUGCUGGGUUGAGCAGGUCUGUGCAGCUCCACAAAACACCCUGCCCGCUGCGCAAGGCUAUGGUAACUGGAGAUACUUGCAGCUCUGUGUGCCAAGCAGGGCAAGGAGGAGGACAGCACAAACGCAAUAAUCUUCCUUCUCCCCCACGCUGCGCAAAGGAGUUGGCAGCAGGACCCAGGCCAAAUUGGAGCUGAAGGUCUAAGGCUUCCUAUCAAAUGCUGUCACCUCCCUGGUUGUGCCUUUCAUAGCCUUGUGCUUGACUAAGGGCAGCAGUUCCCCUGGAGGCUGCCAUGCAGACAUUCUGACCUGGCCUUAAAAGACACCUUUCAAAUCGAGGAUCUGGAUGAGCAUUUAGAAGCAUAAAUGCGCAAGAAUCCCAGCUGCGUGGAUUUCCAAGCAGCUACGAGAUUCACAGCAAGCUAGGACUGAGCUGAAAUGUGGCUCCCGAUUAAGGAGAAGGCAGAAAGCAGGCACGAGGAAUAACACAACGUAAUUUCUGAUUCUGAAUGACAGAGCAGAGAGGGUAUCGCCCUCACUUUGAAGCGCUGCUCUGAAACUUGAUGCAGGAGUAAACGUACAUGCAGACACGGAUGCGUGGAGAUUUAUUGGAUUUCGUUGCAGGAUGAAUUUGCUAACCAAAACAGCAGACUGCCUUGGUGGUAAGGCUGGCAUGUGUGGACUGAAAUACUGUAUGCUGUUUUAAUAAACUAAUACUUGCACAGAUAAACAUUUUGUUUUUCCAUGUAACUUAGAUCCAUAGCACCUAUCUCAUGAAGGAUGAGCCUGGGAAUUUCCUCUACAUGCCACAUUCAGGAGAGUUUACUGGCUUCAGACGAGGUAUUGUCAAGAAACAGAGUGUGCCGCUUUCAUGUUUUACCAGUAGCAACUUCUUCACCCCACCAAAACCCAGGAUGGGUUUAUUUGGAUUUAUCCAACAGAUGAAAGAACAGAUAGAUAAAAGCCAGAUUGUAAAACUGCUCCAGGUCCUGGAGAUUCUCCAUCACUGUUAAAGGCUGAUUUUCCUUAUCUGACUGGCUCAAAAACCUGCUUGCAAUUGUUUAAUUUUUUAAAUUUAUUCUUAUUUUCUACAUCUAAGUCACUUACCUCAAUCUUGGUCCCGUCAGCCUGAGUCAUUACCAGCACACCCCAGGCGCUGGCUUGCCACGCGAGGCGCAGUCGGGGACCCCGCGCCAGUGGGGCUCAGCGCCGUCGGGCUCACAGCCAGGCAGGCACCAACUUCUACACUGCCCUGCUCCAGCACGCACUUGUAGAGGUGAAAAAACCAGCUGCAAUUGUUUCCAUAUCUUACCACUCCAGGCUUCUUUUUGAAAGGAAAACAGUCACUUUCCCCCCCUCCCCGUUCCCUCCUUUUUCUCCUGUAAAUCCAAGUAACUUUGCAUUUAAUGCUGCCUAGGAAGGACUGAGUCCGUACCGAGCUCCAGGGAUGGGGCUGUACGGAUGAUGGGGCUGUUCUAAGUGUAAUUGUUUUCCUGCUCAUUAACACUUUCCUCGAAUGCACUUUGGUUGGUGCCUGGAUUGCAAUUUUUCAGAAAACUGUGGCUAGCUGUUUCUUUACAGCGAGAGAAAAGACUGAAAAGUUAAAAAAUCUGAUGCAGAGGGAUUAUUUAUGUGAAAUAAAAGUUGUAAUGAGGAAAAAGCUCCAGUUUCUUAGUGUUUCUCAGCCCCACAUG